CUUUGAUUUUGUAACAUCACAAAAUUAAAGGUCCAAAAUAUGAAAAAUAGACAACAAGAUCAUGUGGUCACACUUAUUUGGGCAGAAACAAAUAAUGUGAGGAGCAAUUUUAGAAGAGUUUUUCUAAGAAUUAUGACUAUUUUCAUCUUUUUCUUUUGUCUUCUUUAUGUUUUAUACUCCGUAAUUUGUUUAAACCCUUCAUUCAAGUUAACUCAAAGACCUUUUGAUACUUUUAUGAGAUUUGACCAAGAAAAUACAAUCCAAAAAAACCUUAAUAUAAUUCCCCCAGAAAAAACUCAGCUUCACCAUAUUGUUUUUGGCAUUGGAUCGUCAAAUGCCACGUGGAAUUAUCGAAAAGAGUACGUAAAAUUAUGGUGGAAUCCAAAUAAAAUGCGAGGAUUUGUAUGGUUAGAUAAGAAUAUGAGUAGUACUAGUAAUUAUGAUAAUGUUACUACUACUACUUCUCUUCCAAAAAUCAUGAUUUCAAGUGACACAUCAAGAUUCAGGUACACGAAUAAAAAUGGGGAUAGGUCAGGGAUUCGUAUAUCCCGAGUUCUAUCAGAGACAGUAAGGGCAGAUUCGGAAAAUGUGAGGUGGUACGUGAUGGGGGAUGACGAUACGUUUUUCGUGCCUGAAAAUUUGGUUAGGGUAUUGAGAAAAUAUGAUCAUAAGCAAUAUUAUUAUAUAGGGAGUGUAUCGGAAACACAUUGGCAAAAUCAUGAGUUUUCUUAUAAUAUGGCUUAUGGAGGUGGAGGUUUUGCUAUAAGUUAUCCAUUGGCAAAGGCAAUUGAAAAAAUGCAAGAUAAAUGUAUACAAAGAUAUCCAUAUUUGUAUGGAUCAGAUGAUAGAAUGCAAGCUUGUAUGGCUGAACUUGGAGUUCCUCUUACUAAAGAAGUCGGAUUUCAUCAGUUUGAUCUAUAUGGUAAUGUAAUGGGCCUCCUCUCAGCCCAUCCAGUUUCCCCAUUGAUUUCUCUUCAUCAUCUUGAUAAAAUCGAGCCCAUUUUCCCCAACGUAACCCGAGUUAAAGCCUUGAAACGUCUCAAGAAGCCCAUUACACUGGACUCAGCUGGGCUUAUGCAACAGUCCAUAUGUUAUGAUAGGCCCAGAAAAUGGACCAUUUCUGUCUCAUGGGGCUAUUCGGUCCAGAUAAAUAGAGGCAUUUUACCGGCCCGUGAAAUAGAAAAGCCCAUUGCAACUUUCAAUGAUUGGUAUGGAACUAAUGAUGAGAAUUCCCUCACAUUCAACACAAGACCAUAUCAUAGAAAUGGUUGUCAAAGGCCAUAUUUCUACUUGUUGUCUAAUGCAUACGCGUCGACGACUAAUGGCACAACAACAAGUGUAUACGCGCAUGAUGGGGCACCUAGAGGGAAGUGCAAGUGGCGUAUGGCUGAUCCAUCCAGGAUACGACACGUGAAAGUGUACAAGAAGCCUGAUCCAAAUUUAUGGGACAAGUCUCCAAGAAGAAAUUGUUGCAGAGUCUUGCCAACAAACAAGAAUGACACUCUUUUAAUAGAUGUAGGUGAAUGCAGAGAUAGUGAACCCUUUUAA